CCGGUGAGAUAACAGGCCUGUCACAGGGUCUAGCUGUGAUAACAUUUGUAUCAGCCUGAACACGUCGAGAAGAGGUCAGACCAGGUUUGACCACUACAGUUCUACAGAUCGCCCUCAAAGUCUACGAGUCACCAUGAUUCAAGCCAACCCACUCUAUGAGGAGCCCCUCACGAUCGCUGCACUUGCCGAGCGAAUAUCUUUGCUUUCAUCACAAAUCAGCUCGUAUAUCAGUUCCAACUCCCUUCCUGAACCAGGAUUUGGCCCGGACACGAAAGAGGUUCCGGAAACGGCAGAAUAUGAAGCUCUUCGGGCACCCUUGAACGAUGCAGCACUCGACCUUCUCCGGCUGGUGAAUGGACCGAAGAAUACGCUGCAAGAAAUGUACUUUCGACACUACGACCUCGCGGCCCUGCAGAUCGCGCUCGACCGGCAGUUCUUCAAGCAUGUCCCACUUGCCUCCAGUUCCGCUACGCCAGAAGUGGACAACGGCAGCAAGGCAAGCGUAUUCGAAAUCGCCGAGAAGGCUGGCAUGGAUGUGGAUCGAACGGGACGCGUCAUGAAAAUGCUCGCAACCCAUCGCAUCUUCGCCCAAGUCGAGGACGAGGACGAGGAACACGAGACAUUCGAGCAUACAGCCAGCUCGGCGCUCUUGGCUCGCGACCCAGGGAUAUAUGCGGGCGCCGAUAUGCAAAUGGACGACAUGUUGAAAGCGGCAUCGGAGGCAGCGAAUGCAAUUUCGGGUUCACCUUACAGGUCGGAUGCCUCGCAUUCGGCGUUCCAUAAGAGGUUUGGGGCAACGAUGUAUGAGUACUACGAGCAAAGGCCCGACAAGGCUCGGAGGUUUGCACAGGCCAUGAGCAGUUGGUCGCAAUACGAACGACAAUUUAGUGAACUCCGAUCGGGGUUUGCGUGGGCAGGCCUAAAUGAGGGGAAAGUUGUGGAUAUUGGGGGAGGGAAUGGCCACGUCUCAGUAGCACUUGCACGAUCAUUUCCAUCGUUGCAAUUUGUGGUACAAGACAUAUCUCCACAUAUGCUCUCCCAAGCAGAAGAAGACUUAGGCCAUCGGAUCUCAUUUCAGAAGUAUGACUUCUUCACCCCACAACCCGUACAAGACGCAUCGGUUUUCCUUCUACGCCAGUGUCUCCACAAUCAGAUUGAUGAUGCUGCAAUCAAGAUCAUUCGUCAGGUAGUGCCUGCUCUGGAGCGCUGUGGACAUGGCACGCCGUUGCUCAUCAACGAUGUUAUCUUACCCGACAGUGGCACAAUAACGAAGUAUGAAGAGCACCAUCUCAGGCAAAUUGAUUUCUGUAUGAUGUCGCUGCUGGGUGCUAAGCAGAGGACCGAGAAGGAAUUCGCCGCACUAAUCAGGAAGGCCGACGAGCGUUUAGAGAUUGUGAAUGUUCGCAAGAGCACGAUCGGCUUGGGGCUGAUCGAGGUACGACUUAAAGUGGAGGGAUGAACAAGCACUAUGAGGGCAAAAAGGUCGGCUGGGAGGAUGAAUAUUCGCCUGGAAGAACUCGUAGUCCAAAGUUCUGCAUGUUUUGCAUUAGUUUAAUAGAGAGCCUAAUUCUAUUCGAGCUUCGCGAAGUCGUGUCCAGUUAGUGUGGGUAGUAGGCGGGAGGCAUCCCCCAAACAAACUGAAGUGCGUGGGACAUUACCCCAUCUGGAUACCAAGAUCGUCCCGACCCGUCCGCUGUACGCGUCGUAUCUGCACAGGCCAUUGCGCCAGUGGCGUGAAGUUAAUCUACUCUUCAGCCUCUGCCAUCAUCAUUGAAA